CGGGGGGCGGCGCCCUCCCGCCGCAGCCGCAGUGGCCGGCGCCGCAGCGAGGAGCCAUGGGCAACAUCUCCUCCAACAUCUCGGCCUUCCAGUCCCUGCACAUCGUCAUGCUGGGCUUGGACUCGGCCGGCAAGACCACGGUGCUCUACCGGCUCAAGUUCAACGAGUUCGUGAACACGGUGCCCACCAUCGGCUUCAAUACGGAGAAGAUCAAGCUGAGCAACGGCACGGCCAAGGGCAUCAGCUGCCACUUCUGGGACGUAGGAGGCCAGGAGAAGCUGAGGCCGCUGUGGAAGUCCUACAGCCGCUGCACGGACGGCAUCAUCUACGUGGUGGACUCGGUGGACGUGGACCGGCUGGAGGAGGCCAAGACGGAGCUGCACAAGGUGACCAAGUUCGCCGAGAACCAGGGCACGCCGCUGCUGGUCAUCGCCAACAAGCAGGACCUGCCCAAGUCGCUGCCGGUGGCCGAGAUCGAGAAGCAGCUGGCGCUGCACGAGCUCAUCCCGGCCACCACCUACCACGUCCAGCCAGCGUGCGCCAUCAUCGGCGAGGGCCUCACCGAGGGCAUGGACAAGCUCUAUGAAAUGAUCCUGAAACGCAGGAAGUCCCUCAAGCAGAAGAAGAAGCGGUAAUACGCCUGGCAGGGUUCGGGAGCUAGGGGGAGCAAGCCAGGGAGCGAACGAGUCAGGAGUGAAUGAAUGGAUAGAUGGGUGAGCGAGAACCCGCGCCCGCGAACAAAGACAGCGAACCAAAGCGAUGCUUCGAAUUUUUUAAACUCUAUCUCUGUACCCAAAUGCAGAACUGGUGACUUAACCUGGCCUGGAGCUGAUUUAUCAGCCAGCUCGCCAUCUGCCCCACCCCCACGCCAGCUCUGGGGACCUUUUGUCUGAGCACCGGAGAUACCUAGUGGGUGGGGGACCGGUGGGGUGUGGACCUUCAGUUCAGGCUUGUGCGCCCUCCGGCCCCAGGAGAAGAAUCAGAUGUCAGAGACAAGGCGAUUUCAUGAUUUCUUCUUACUCCACUGGGCCGGGAGUUCAGGCUGCCCCGCCCCCAUUGGGGGAUCACCUGUGAGUUACCUGAGGACAGGUUGUGACAGGGACACUGCCUCUCUGUCUCAUCCAGGGGCAUUACGCACAGCAGAAAAGCCCGGGCGGGCGGGUGUCGGAGGCUCCACUCGGCCUCGGAUCCGUCCAGUACUCCAUGAGGCUGAGAGUCCCUGCCUGCCCACCCCUCAGGGGUGUUCUGCACAGCAUGAGCUAAUAGAUGGAGAAGCCCGUGGCUGCCGACCUGCAGGGCAAGUCGCCAACCUGCAGAGGAUGCCACUCUGCCUCCCCUGACCCUGGUCUCCAGUGCCGCCUCCUGCCGCACCUGCAGCCGCGUCCUGCUCACCCUGUUUCUCGGGGACUGGCCCAACAGCUCCUGAGGUCCCUCUUCGUUUUCACUGAUAAGAAAGCUUCCAAUUCUGGGGGAGGGUGGCCAAAGGCUUCCCACAGGUGGACACCCCUCCCUGUGAGAGUUCUGACACUGCAGACGCAGUAGUGGACGCUUCCAGCAAGAGGCUGUUGGGGAGCUGUUUACAAGAUUCUCGUUCUUCUGGUGACUCCUCAUGACUGUCCUCAUUCCCUGAAACACUGACUUCCCAUUCAAUUGAUUUCAACUGCCCAUGUCUCUUGAAAACUAAAAUUUACAUGUUUAAUUGAAGAGUCGCCGUGGUAAGUCAUGACAAUUGCAAGAGCCUAUUUCACACAGA